UACACAGCCUUAGGCGCAGGCUCCAGCUCACAUGCCAGUCCAGAAAGUCACACCCCAGCUGCAGUGUGUUGUGCCUGUCCAGAGGUGGCGCUGUUGGGACAUGUGCACCAGCUUCCUCCUUCACCAUCAGCCUGCUGCGGCCCGUUUCACACCAAGAUAGAAGUGAUAAGACAUGACCUCCUGGACCUGGUCAGCAGCCUGGCAGCAGCAUUUUGGACCAGUUGUAGGCGGUCCAGAGAUGAUUUGCUGAGGCAGCCUUAGGCGCAGGCUCCAGCUCACAUGCCAGUCCAGAAAGUCACACCCCAGCUGCAGUGUGUUGUGCCUGUCCAGAGGUGGCGCUGUUGGGACAUGUGCACCAGCUUCCUCCUUCACCAUCAGCCUGCUGCGGCCCGUUUCACACCAAGAUAGGAGUGAUAAGACAUGACCUCCUGGACCUGGUCAGCAGCCUGGCAGCAGCAUUUUGGACCAGUUGUGGGCGGUCCAGAGAUGAUUUGCUGAGGCAGCGUAUGCCACUGGCUCCAGUCGGUGCUCCGAACGCCGCGGGAUGAACCGGACCCAGAAUAUCACUCAGCUGGACAAUGACACGCUGGCGAUGCUCCAGGACCGGUCGGCCAGCCAAGCGCUGUCCGUGGUGUACAUCAUCAUCAUCCUCAUCAACGUCCCGGGAAACGGCAUCUCCCUGUGGCUGCUCUGGUUCCGCACACACCCCAAAAGCCCCUCCAUCAUCUUCAUGAUCAACCUGACCCUGACCGACCUGGCCGUGGGCCUGGCGCUGCCUCUGCAGAUCAUCUACCAGCUGCGCGGCUACGACUGGCCCUACGGCUCGGGCCUCUGCAGCUUCAUGACCGUGCUCUUCUACGCCAACAUGUACUGCUCCAUCCUCACCAUGAUGGCCAUCAGCGUGGACCGCUACCUGGGCAUCGUGCGGCCCAUGCAGUUCCGGGAGCUGAAGCGCCGCAGGGAGUGCGCCGUGCUGGGCUGCGUGGUCAUGUGGGGCAUCGUGCUCGCCGCCCUGUCCCCGCUCCAGAGCACCGACCUCACCUACCGGGUGCGGGAGCUCAACAUCACCACCUGCUUCGACGUCCUGAAGAAGGACAUGCUGCCCACCGUCAGCCACUGGGCCGUCUUCAUCUUCACCCUCUCCGGCGUCCUCUUCCUCGUCCCCUUCAUCACCACGGUGGUCUGCUACGUCAGCAUCAUCCACAAGCUGGUCCGGACCAGCAGGAGCAACCAGAAGGCGAGGGCGCUGCGCCUGGCGUUCUGCGUGCUGUCGGUGUUCGUGGUCUGCUUCACGCCCAACAACGUCCUGCUGCUGGCGCACGCGGUGCGAAGGCUGUUCUACGGGGACUCGCUCUACAUGGCCUACAAGCUGUCGCUGUCGCUCAGCUGCGUCAACAGCUGCCUGGACCCCUUCAUCUACUACUUCGCCUCCAAGGAGUUCCGGCGCAAGCUGCGGUCCGUGCUGGGCCUGGCGGCGCUGAGCAGCGCGGACUGGACCAGGACGGAGCCGAACCGCGAGAGCCACUUCUCCGGCCACUCCGCCAACCAGGGCCUGGCCGGCGCCGAGGAGCUGCAGGAGCCGCUCGGGCCCAACCGCUCCGAGGGACCCGGGUAAGAGCCCGACUCCGCCCAUCGCCGAGUCUGCGCGCUCAGCAGAACGUGCAGAAACGCUCACGAACGCCGCCAGGUCCCGUUACGGACAGCGCCCGCUCCGCUGAGCCAUCGUCAGUCCAGGCCAGAAACCAGACGUUCAGGAUGCAUCUAUUUCUGUCAUCCAAUCAUUCGUGUACAUCCUGAGAAUCCAUAUGAAAAUUCAUACAGUCACUUGAGCUUGCCAGAGGAUUACAGUAUUAUCACACCUGGGGAAAUUCAUUCAGACUUUUCAAAGAAAGAAUGCACUGAAAUGUAUGAGAUUUGCAUAACAAGAAGGAAGAUUUGUGACAGUAAUUUUAUCCUGGCAGUGGGGAUGUGAGUAUAACUUCUUUUAAAUUCAUUUAACAUGUCCCCGCCUUUGUCUAUUUUUGCUUUAUUCCAAUUUAUUAAACUUAUUUUUUUUUUUUAUUAAACUUUUUCCCGCAAUGGGUCAAUACUUGAACAUAAUACUUAAGCAAUUAAGUUUCACAAAUGUAAUUUUCGUUUUUUUUAAUUUUUAUUAAUUCGUCAUAUUAAGGCGUCAUAUAUAUGUAUGUCAUACAUGGAUAUCAUUAUGAAACGGAUGGAAAUGGAAAUGGAAACUGCAGUGUUCGAGAGCUCACAAAAAAACAUUCUUAGCUUGUAAAUCAUGUGCGCUUUUCUUUCAGAACUGAAUGUCUCAUAUGCACUUGACAAAGUAUAUUUAAUUAAGAUUUUAUAACAUUAUGUUCGAUUUGUGCCAAUUGUGUGAUAUGUGGUCCUUUUUUGUUUUAAUAAAGCUUGAAUGCAGUGACUAUUC